UACAAGCAACCACUUGUCGUUCGUUAAAUGGAACACCACCGCGUAAUUUAGCGCUCAAUCAACCCCUCUCUCCAGCUGGGCCGUACUCCGCCCCCAACUAUCCCUGCAACGAUCUCCUCUUCCCCUCUCCGCGCUAGAAAUAUUAAAAAAAGGGGGCACCAGAUCUUAGCCUUCCAUCUCUGAAAUCCACUACCAUCGCCUCUAAAAGCAUCCGAACAAAAUCUUGAAAUCUAAAAUCCAUUUUCACUCUAUAAUUUUUUUAAAAAAACUGGAAAUCAUAAAUUCCAUUUAACUUCAUUUUAGGGUUUUUUCAUGUGGAUUAGUCUCCAUCGUCCAUCAAAUCUUGAUUUGAUAAUGUAAGCUGCUCGAAACCAAUCAAAUGGCAUCAAUCCGUCGAACACUCUCACAGGUUUACCAAGACCGCAGCUACCAAAACGGUGUCGCUUCAGUACAAGCUCACAAGCUCUUCAGCACUAACAACAACAGCGGCAAGUAUUCUUCCUUGACCUCCACCUCCGCCGUCGCAGCAGCUUCCGUCUAUCUCCGCCGCAAAGGAUUUCGCAGAUCCUUUUAUAGGUGCACGAUAUUCUUCAUCCUAGGGCUUUUACUUGGUAUCUUCCCGUUUGGUCAAGUGGAUAACGAUAUCAAUAAGCAUGAUUUCUCCUUCGAAAUGAAGCCGCCACAUGUCAAUGUCCAAUUGGACACCAAAGAUAAUUUCGCUCUCGCUGCUGUGUCCCUCGGCGUCGAGAAAACGACACCGCAAUUGGAUCGAUUUUCAAGGUUUGAUUAUGUAGAGCGAAAGCAAGUGAUAGUGAUAACACCGACAUAUAAUCGAGCAUUACAAGCCUACUUCUUGAAUAGAUUAGGUCAGGUGUUGAGGUUAGUGCAGCCGCCGUUGUUGUGGAUUGUGGUGGAGAUGACGUCAGCAUCGGCGGAGACAGCGGAGAUAUUGAGGAAAACCGGGGUGAUGUAUAGGCAUUUGGUUUGUGUUAAUAAGAAUAACACGAAUGUGAAGGACAGAGGAGUGCAUCAGAGGAAUGCGGGAUUGGAGCAUAUAGAAAGGCAUAGACUUGAUGGGAUUGUGUAUUUUGCUGAUGAUGAUAAUGUAUAUUCGCUUCAAUUGUUUGAGAGCUUGAGAAAUAUCAGUCAUUUUGGCACUUGGCCUGUUGCAAUGCUUGCACAAAGCAAAAACAAAGCAAUUGUGGAAGGUCCGGUAUGCAAUGCCAGUCAAGUAAUUGGAUGGCAUACAAAUGAGAAAAGUAAAAGACUCCGCAGGUUUCAUGUUGAUAUGUCUGGAUUUGCUUUCAACAGCACCAUCUUGUGGGAUCCAAAGAGAUGGAACCGCCCCUUUUCAAAUCCAAUUCGACAGUUAGAUACAGUGAAGGAGGGUUUUCAAGAGACCACAUUCAUUGAGCAAGUGGUAGAAGAUGAAAGUCAAAUGGAAAGUGUACCACCCAGCUGUUCAAGGAUACUGAACUGGCAUCUUCAUUUAGAUGCUCAUGGUCUUGUCUAUCCCAGAGGCUGGCUGCUCCAGAAGAAUCUAGAAGUUGUUCAGCCCAUCAAGUGAUUGAGCUUCAAAGUGCAAUUUUGAUGGUAAAGAUCAAGAGAGUUCUUGUUUCAUGCAGUGGCUCGUCAUCCCCAACCAUUUUUUUGCUUCAUUUGUGACAUCUUCAUCAAGCAGCCUCCAUAGAUACUCAGCAGCCUAUGACAAAGAAACAGGAGUUUUUGUUUUCGCAUAAUUUCUUAGAAUGAUAUUCUUUGCCAGAAACAAGAAUGCCCUUUUUGUUGUAGAGUUCUGGUGCUUGAUUCUUGUGGGGAUUUAUUGCUUAAUUUCUUAAGAUUUGCCCCCCGGCAUCUAAAAACAGAUGUAUGUGCGUUUGAGGACAGCCAGGACGGCUGUCGUGGAUCCAUUCUUUUGUAUUUGAGUGGUAGGCCUUUCAAAAGAAUCAAGAAAAUUGCAAGUUGUAAAAUUCAGUUGUUAUAAAAGUUGUCUCAAUGUUUCUGGCGUU